GGACGUUCGUAUAUCAACAUACCCUAUCAUGCUGCAUUGCACAUGCAGAGCUCGUUAUACUAAACAGAGUCAUAUUACCCAUGCUUUGUGCAAUGCGGUUGCUGGUUUGCCAUGUUUGAGAGUCUGGUGAACGUCAAUGCGAUCUCUGUGAGUCGUCCCAUAUGCAACAUGCGGACGGCGUGUGGAACGCAACAGGUCUUUGCGAAUCGUACGCAGCGCCGAUGGGAAGCGUCAUCGUGGGUUCAGCAGCGCUUCAGCAACCCUCAUGUGCCUGGAGAAGCCUCACCUUUACUCCAGUGGCACCAGCUCCACGCAUAUCAUCUUCUACGCAGCGUGCGGUUCGCGUUAGGCUCGGGAACAGUGUCGAAGAGGAUGCUGCCAUCCGAUUGACAUGCCUGCAAUGCGUGGCUCCUAGAACUCGUCGACGCGAGCAGCCAGAUCUACAGAACAUGACCGCCAUGCCGCUGGAAUAAGGCGUAACUGUGCGGGAAUGCGGUUCGCGAGAUACAGCAGCUCUUCUAUCCUUUAGCACAGAAACCGCG